AUGGAUCUCGCCCAUCGACUGGCGACACAGCAACGACAGCUGGUGGACUACAAGAUGUCCAGUGCCUUUCCCUGCUUGACGACGCCGCCCUCCGCCUUGGUUCAAAUUCCUUUGGCUGGCUCAGCAGAUACCAAGGUCUCCCAAUUGGCGGAGCGUGUCUCAGUGCUGGUGGCCUCGAUGCAGAAGCGCUGCGACGAGGAUAAGGAGGAGCUGGAGCAACAGAUGGAGAAGAUCCACGCCCGUCUGGAGGCCCGGCUGGGAGCGUUGGAGCGUGGUGAGGACGGCUCGCUGGGUCGCGAAGCCACGUGGCUACGCGAGGCCAGAGGAAUGGUCAGCGCCGCCUUGACUGAGGCACAGGCGCAAUGGCGCCAAGAGUUCGCACAGCUCAAAGGUGAGCAGCAGCAACAACUGGAGUUGCUUGAGGACUUGGCGGGUGUGUCUCGACACAGCGGCACCCGCCUGGAAAAGGUCGAACGUGGUUUGGCAGCACACGAGCGCACCAUUCGACGUGCUGAAGAACAUUUAAAGGCACUCACCCACCAUGGCCCGCAGUACAGCCAACUGGAAGGUGCCCUGUUGAACUUGGAGCGGCAGGUGAAUGAGCAACAGGUGGCUGUUGAGGUUCAAGUCGCUCGCCUCCAGGUGGAGUGCGAUGGCCUCCGCCGCCGCUCAGAGGCCAUCGCCCACACCCGCGAGGAACUCGUGGAGGCAGUUGAGGAGCGACUUGCUAGGGCUACCGUGUCAGAGCCAAGGGCUGCACCCCGAGAUGACAGUCGGCUGCUCCAGCGCUGCGACGACUUGGAUGCGCGGUUGGCAGCGCAAAAGGUCCAUGUGGAGGCACAUGAGCAGCGCUUCAAAAGCUUUGCAGAGCGCUUGGAGGCGGUGCAGAUGGAGCUCUUCGACCAGCUACGGAGCUUCGGGGUGCAACGUCGCGAGGAGCUGCUGCAGGAGGUGGAUGGGCAACUGCGUGUCCUCCGCGAGCGCAUGGAUACCUUGAGUGAGCUUUUGGACGAGAUCAUGCUUCGCCAGGCUCAGCGUGUCGAUCAGAUCGACGUCCAGUGUGCUCUGCGGGGGGACCGGAACGAUGUUUUUUUGCUGGACGGCUGUGGAGGGCCGAAAGGGCCCGAGACCUUGGAAGAGAAGAGGGGAGAGGGGCUUCCAGGCCUUUGCCCCGGUUGCACGAGGAACUUUGAUGCCCAGCUGGGGACCAGCCAUCCUGGUGUUUUGGCGGAAGAAGCGGGUCCAGAAGGCUUCAAGUAUUUGCUCUCCAUGAAGAUGUGGUCUUUGACAGAGAACAAGGUGGAGGAGUUGCGGGCACAGCAUCAAAGCAAGUGCCAGGCAUUAGAAGAGCUUCGAGGCACCAGCAUUGAAAUGCUUUGGGAGAAGGAUCUUCAACGCCUGGAAGAGGCCCUGGCGGCCGCCGAGGAACGCGAGCGCAAGGAGGCGGAGGCAGCGGCUAAACUCGCCGCCAAACACUCCUCCGAGGAUUCACUUCUGGUGAAUAAGCAGUGCAUUUUGGUCCUGGCUCAGAACUUCACCGCCAAGCGCGUGAGGACCAGUGAAUGGAAGGCGCGGCGCCGUGGUACUGCCUUGAGCUCCAACAAAGCGCUGGUGAAGGCGAAUGCUAAGAAAGGCAAGGAAGAGGAAGAUGGAGAGGAGGAUGCUGAAGAGGAGAGCCCCGAGGCCUUGGCUGGGGUCUUUUGCUGUCAUGAUUUCGAUGCCUUGCUGGUGUUCUCCGAACGGGGCUUUGUUUAUAUCCUCCAGGCCUUAGACGUGCCCCUGGUGAAGAAGUCCUUUUGCAAAGGCACCGAGUUGAAGGCCUUCCUGCCGGAGCUGGAGGGCCGUGUGGCAGCGCUGGUCACGGUGGCACAGGGCCGGCUCAAGGACCAGGAGGACUUCGUGGUCCUUGUCUCCAAGAAGGGCUUUGCCAAGAAGGUGUCCUUGAGCCGCUUCCGUGCCCUGCGGCCCGGAAAGGGCAUGCCAGCGAUGAAGCUGGCAGAGGGAGACCAGCUAGCUUGGGCGCAUAAGGCUGGUGCCAACUCCGCCAUGGUCCUUGGCACGGCCGAGGGCUUUGUCUUGCGGGUCUCCCUGGGGCAGGACUGGCACCUCAGCACACCCAAGGGGCCUGGGAAGUGCAUCAUGAAGAUGAGAAAGGACACCAAGGAUCACCUGGCCUCCUGCAGCAUAUCUGAGCUCACGGAUGCGGAGUUGCAGAAGAUCAAGGCCAAGGCUGCGGCUAAGGCCAAGAGCUCUCCUUCCGCUCUGACAGAGGAGGCUCGACCACACGAGAAUGAAGAGUCCGAAAAGGAGGAUGGUGCAGAGGGUGAGAAAGAGGAGGUUGCAGCAGAAGAGAGUGAGCCUGAAGAUGAGAAGGCCGAGGACCCGGACCGCGAGGAGGUGGACGAAGCGGACAAGGACGUGGCUGGGACCAGCGAGGUCACUGAGAAGCCUGGAGAGGGACCUUGCGCGCUGCUGUUGACCGAAUGCGGCUUGGGCCUCCGCAUUCCCUUGAACAGCAAGAGGAUCGGUUUGUCCAACAAGGGCGGCAAAGGGAAGCGAGUCAUGAAGUUGCCAGAUGGAGAUCAAGUGGUGUCGGUUUGCGUCGUCUCCGGAAACACGGCCCAAGAGCCUGCGAAGCCUCCCGCUGCGUGGCAGCUGUACAUGAAAGACCAACCAGAAGCUUCGGAGGCCGGCUUCACGGUGCUUCCAGCAGAUCUUCGGAGGCCGUAUGAAGCUCAAGAAGAGGCGAUGAAGCGCCAGUACAGAGAAGAUCUUGAGAAGUAUCAUCAGGAGGACAACGAGGAGCUGCUGUUGGGCUCUGCCAGCGGAGCGGUGACACGCAUCAAGGUGAGUUCCGUGCCGGUCACUACACGCCUCAUCCGAGGAAGGAUGCUGGCCAAGACCAAGUCUGACCGCAUCAGCGUGGCGACGCUUCUCUCGUCAAUGGAGGGAGAUCCCAACGAGACCCAGUCGCAACCCUCCCAGUCUUCGGCGAAAUCGCCAUCACAGCCGGUCUCCGCUCCUUCGGAGACCUUCACCGCACCGUCGCGGGUGGAGCCGUCGCAGCCCUCGUCGCAGCCCUCCCAGCGCCGGGCACGGGCGCCGCCGCUGCCGCCGCUGGAGUCACCCGAGCCGCUGGCGCCGACACCGUCGCAGAGCUCUUCACGCGCGGCGUCUUCCUCACAGCCGCUGACCGCCCCCAGCGCGGUGGGGUCUGAAGUGUCAAGCACGUCCUACUUGAAGCGAAGGCGGAUGUCAAUGUCACAGAUAUCGCCCAGGCUUCGAUCACCAUGCCCUCGCGCUGUUGUUGCCCCGUUGUCCAGCCUGAAGGCGACCUUGCGGGUCAUCAAGAAUCCCUUCAUGGAGAAAGCUCCGAAACCGAAGCAGACGAAGCUGGAUUUUGGAGACUUGCUCAGUUUCAAGGGCCUGAACAGGCUCGACGUGUCGCCACGCGUGCGCCAUGCGUCGGCUGCGUUGUGGGGUGCUGCUGGUGGCUCCAUGGCUCACGUCGACGGAGAGCACGACGGGCAGCGAGAGCACGACGACGAGCAGCCACGAGAGCACGAGCACGACGACGCCGCCGAGGUGAACAUUGAGCCCUUGUGGUUUGAAGCUGCAUGGCAAACGAGUUCCUGGAGCGAUUGCACCAAGUGUGGAUUUGGCCAUGCACAACUGCGUGAGGUGCAGUGCUUGAGCAUUUUUCAUAUGGCGGAGGUCACAGAGGAGCACUGCAGCAACACGCAGAAGCCUCCCCGGACCAAAGCCUGUCGCUGCGCCGAGCUGCUUUGUGUUGGGGACCCUGACAGGUGCCCCCAGGAGGAGGCCCAGUGGUUCGAACCAGAAACGCCCUACUCAGAACUGGGAUGCUUCUCACUGGCGCAUGGCCACGAUGAUGGACACUCAGACUCACUCCUGGACCUGAGCUGCGUUGGUUACAAAGGGGCCACGCCCUGCAAGAGCGGUUUGCCCUUCUAUUCCAUGCACUCCAAUGCGAUGUCGCCCUCCCUGUGCUUUGGUUUUUGCACCAGCAAGGGCUUCGACAUUUUUGGCCUCUUGAAGAACACGGAGUGCCGCUGCGGUUUUUCGGAGAUCAAUAGGAAUGCUCGCAUGAGGGGUCCCUCCGUGCCGCAGCUGCAGUUCGAGUUGGCCGGACUGGAGACGUUCAAAGAUGCGUCAGGAAUUUGCCCCUUGCGCGUCUUCCGGUACUCCGGAUAUUUCGAAGCGGGAGGCAUCCCCAUGUCGUUAGUGAAGCUCGAAGAGGACGAUCUGCAGUACUUUCACAAGGUCUUCCACAGCCAUCAGCGAGACAUGGACGAAGACGUGAUCUACAGCACGCAUGCGCCCACCUCUCCGCCGGCCAUGGACGUCCGCGCGGAGUCGGAGCCGGUCGGUCAUCCUUGGGAUCGCGAUUGCUUCCCCGCGAACUGUGGUCCUGGUGGUGGGGUCUGGCCCCACCGGCAGCCUGAGGCACCCGAAGGUGUUUAUGACCAGUUCCGGGAGUAUUCCGUCAUCCCAUACUUCUUUAGCGAGAAUUUGGACGAUGCGCGAAAGGAGGUCUUUCGAACGGCGGCGCGUCAUUGGCAUGCGGUCACGUGUGUCGUCUUGGUGGAGAAACAGCGAGAGGAGAUUCACGAGCCAGCCAUCGAGGUGCUGGUCGACCAAGAGGACCGUUGCUUCGUGAACCGUAUCGGUUACCCUGGCUACUGGGAGAACCAGCCGCAGCUCGCGUUUGUGAACCUAGGCUGGUGCAACAACCUGUACUUCUUGGGGAAUGUCAUCCAUGAAAUUGGCCAUGUCCUGGGCAUGAACCACGAGCAAAAGCGGAUGGAUGCAACGCAGAAGGUGAACCAUCACGGACCGUACCUCCACAUCUUUUGGGACUCCCUGGAAGAUCAGACAAAGAGAAACCAGUACUUGCCGGAUACGAAAACCUACAUGGGCUCGGAUUUGCAAGACAUGGAUGACCCACAUCAUGGCUACGCCGCGUACGACUACGGCAGCAUCAUGCACUAUGGUCGGAAUGGACGCUUUGAGCCCAUCAUGGAUGAGAAUGCCGAGCUCUUGGGGAAUCGUGACCACUUGUCAGAGUCCGAUAUCAUCCAAGUGAACGACAUGUACCAAUGCAAGGAGAAGGUCACGCAGGAGAUGGACCGGAGUUGCAACUUCGAGGUGAGUCUCUGCAAUUGGGUCAACGUUGGAAAGGACUCUGCCCACUGGCGGCUGCGGCAGCACCGCUCCGGCGGCCCCGCGAGCGGCGUCCACUCCUCGAGCUUCGCCUACGCCGAGGCGAAGGGUCAUCCCUGGGAGGGCUUUAUCCUGCAGAGCCCCGUGCUGGAGAAGUUUAAAAAGUACCAGCUUCGCUUCUCGUAUUUCCUGUCUAGCAAGGACACCGAGCUCACGGUGGAGUAUGAGAGCGUCUUGGGCAAGUCGGAGCCGGUCUUCCGGGCGGAGGACCGAACUCCCCGGGUCUGGCACCACCAGGAGCUGACCAUCUUUGGGGACCGGGCCAUCACCGUUCGCUUCGUGGUGCUCACCACAGACAACGUGGAUUCUGGCGCUGCGAUUGACAAUGUGAAUUUGGUCCUGCGUGGACACAGUGAGGUGGAUGCAUCCGACCAUCAGAAGACCUUGCUGGAAGAAGUGAAGGAUGCCUUCGAGAACCUUUUGGACUCAAUCUUCUCCAGGAAGUACGACUCCCGCCCCAGCCCGACCACGAGCCACCCUGAGGCUUCGGCGGGUUCCGCACUCCUUUGGGCCGCUUCCGGUGUCGCCCUCGCGGCCGUGGCGUUGCUCCUCGUGUGUUCCCGGCCAGUUCGACGGAGAAGGUAUUUUGAAGAGGAAAUCAUGUGGGCAGAGCAGGAGCUGCUCUCGGCGAGAAUCUCGAUGGAUGUGAUUUGA